UCCAAUAUUGAUUGAUAUACUUAAUAUCUGGUCAAUGGGUAUCUGCUAUAUCCUGUUUGAUUCCCUAGUACCACCAUGUAAUAAGAACCAUCGAAACCCCAUUUAAUUUUCUUUCUUUUUUCUUUUUAUGAAUAUUCAUUAUUAUUAAUUCAUAUAUGGCUGAUUCUCUGAUGAUAAACAAGAUCGAAUCUUUUAUUUCUGGGGGUUUUUUGGGUUGUCUGUGGAGAUGACCAUGUUUACGGCUGAAAACCGGCAGCAGCAUCAGCAGUCUUGCGGUGGUUAUGGUGUGUACGGCGGCGGCGGCGUUGAGGGUUUUGGCGGUGGUAUGAGCCACAGCUUGGAGGGUUGUUACAUAUUAUCCGAUCAUCAGAUAUUAAUGGCGGCGGCGGAGGAAGACCAUCAUAGUACGGCGGUGGAAGACGAUCGAAAGGCGGAAUCGAGUUCGAAAGACGAUGAAUUAGUAAUUACUAGAGAUGAAGAAGAUGAAGAACAAGAACAAGAAGAAGAAGAAGAAGAGCAAGGGUGGCUGCAGCUUGGUAUUGGCGGCGGCCGUAGCCACCAAAUCAAGAAACAAAAUGGAAAAAACAACGUAAACGAAAAUAAAAACGAAUCGGGUCGGGUUGAACUUGAGCUUAUGCCGAGUAGUAGUAAUAAUAAUAAUAAUAGUUCGCAAUUAACGAUGAGGAGUACUUUUGCCCCUCCUUUGUUUCCGGAGUUUCGAGCCCCUCGGCCGGUUUUGAAUUUCGAAACUAGUGGCGGCGGCGGAGGGUUUAUAAGCCCGCCGUCGUCGUCGUUUUUGUUGCAGCAAUACGGAAUUAGCAGUACUAAUUAUUAUCCGCAUCAAGAAAUGAACUGGGCGGCGUUUAGGCAUGUUCCGAUUAUUAGCAAUAUCGGAGGAACAGCUUCUUCGUCACAAACAUCGUCUUCUUUAACUUAUUAUCCACGGCCGCAGUUUCAACUCUAUGCCGCCGGAGUAGAUAUGGAUGCGGCGGCCGCCGCGGCGGCUAUGGAUUUCAGAGUUAUUCCACCUCCUAGGAGACCACAUUCUGGGAUUUGGUUUAUGCUACAAGCGUCACAAAAUCAAGAAAAAGAACCAUUUUUGCCGCAGAUUACGAAGAGCUACUUGAGAAUCAAGGAUGGAGGGAUGACAAUUCGACUGGUUAUAAAGUACCUGGUUAACAAGCUUAGACUGGAUAACGAAUCCGAGGUUGAGAUAACUUGCAAAGGGCAAAGGGUAGCAUCUUUCUUGACGUUGGAGCAUGUAAGAGAUAGCAUUUGGAGUAGUAGUAAUCCAAACAGGGAUUUCAUCACUUUGCUUCCAAACUCCUCAACCAUUCCUCACAUUAUGGUGCUUCAUUAUGCAAGAACAUCUACUUCCUAAUUCUAAAUUAUUACUCUUCCCACCAUUCCCAAUUUUUAACUUUUUUCUUUCAUUAUAUUUCUUCCUUACUUGUUAAAUUAUAAUAACUUUUUUUUUCUUUUUUCGCCUUUAAUUUUAAUUUACUCCUUUUACUUUUAGGUAGUCAUGUGUUUGUUUGUGUUCUUUUUUUCCCCUUGAAAUUACUUUUUUCUUUGUAAUACUUAAUUAUGUGGAUUAGUUUGUCUAAUCAUGACAUAAUAUAUAGUUUGAAGAACUAAAUACCCCAUACAUGUAAUGUAAAAGCUAUUAUGGGAUCGCUCCAAUGGCAUAACCUAUAUUGGCUUUGAUUUUUA